ACCAAAAUUUUUCAAAAUAUUUCUUUCCCGUUACCAAUUAAAAAUAAACGCAAAACCUCUAUGUUUUAAGUCCUGCGAGGCAAUUGCCACGUAAGGCAACAAAAAGUUACAAAUGAAAUAUUAUUUAUUGCUGUGGGCGCUAUUGGUGUCAGUGCAGGGAUUCCCAAAAGAGAGAGCCGUCGAAGAGAAACGAUCACCACAAACUCAUUUGCAGGACAUUGAAGAGAGUUCGCAGACUAAAACAGACGUAGCAAGAGAUUGCAAAUCGAAGUGCGCGUCGAGUAUAGCUCAAAAAGCAGCCGCUGAAGCCAAGGCUGCGCAGGCUGCCCAAAAUGCAGCAGGUGCCCAAGCGGCGCAUAUGGUAAAAACUCAGCUGGCAGAAAAGGCUUUGCAAGCAGCAAAAGCUGCAGAAGCUGCAUUAGCUGGUAAACAAGCGGUUGUAGAACAACUCCAACAGGAAGUAAAGGAAGCCGAGGCUGUAGUCUGUGAGAAUACGCAAGCUGUUCACCAACAACAGUGCGCUGUGAAUGCUGCUAUACAGGCUGCACAACAAGCUUCAGCGCAGCAUAAGCUGAUGUGUCAAGCUGUGCAACUUUCUGCUCAACUGGAAAAGGCUGCUCAUUGUGUAUUGGAGAAAGUGAAGAUUGGUUUACAAGAGAAAUGCCACAAUCUGUCAGAGGCCAGAUCUAGAUUAGCUCAUCUACAACAUAAGCUGCAAUGCGCCUGCGCUGAAUGUGCCGCUACGAAGCAAGCCGCUCACUGCGCUUGCGAAGCCGCAAGAGCCGCUUGCGGGAAUGCUAGAAGGAGAAAACGUGUGAUUAAGAGAAAAGUUCCUGUUAAAAGGCAAAUAAAACGAAGACGAUGAUCGAGGAAUCCACAGCGAAAGAACCAAAGAGUUGAAUAAAUUAAGGAUCGUAAAAAUGUAACUUAAACAGUUAUGGGAAUAGUUUAACUUUUAUGAACACUUCUAUACACAACUACAAUCACUAUGUGAUGUCAAUAUUAUGUAGAUAUCAAUGACGCAAUUGAUCGUUAAUGUUUAUAAAUAUGGAUAUGAGAGGAAUAUCUUAGCAUUCCAUGGAUUCACCGUGCGAGUGCUGGGUCCAUCGCGUGGUAGAGAGAUCAACUCCGAGCAGAGUCCUGAACUUGUGACUACAGGAUGUAGUGUUAAGGAAUUCCUUGACGAUCGAACAACACUCCUCGUUCUCUGCUCGUGUUGGUCUCCCUGCGUAGCCACUACUGAAAUUUUGUUUGUAUUGUUACAAUAUCUCUUGAAUCUUUUAAAUAUUACAAAACUGAUUACUACUGCAGUAGGAAGUGAGAAAUAUCGCGACGUCUGGUGUGAUUUUAGAUAUAAUGCUGUAUACUUGUUUUGUGUUAAUUGUUAUGUUAAGACAUGUCGUCGAAGUUGUUUUAUAAUAGUUAUUAUUUUAAGAUUCUGAUAAAUAUAGAUCUAUUCUAUUUCUAUUAGUUUAUUUGUUAAUAUAUUUUCCAUAGUUAUUAUUGUCAUGUUAAUAGUGUAAUUCUUAAUA